AUGAAAUUAAAUUUAUUUAUUAUAUUAUUUACGAUAUCUUUUGUUGCAGGUCAACUUUCCAGUGAUGAUGUGCAAUAUUUAAUUACCUAUCAUAAUAAUUUGAGAAGUAAUCCAACUCCAUCAGCCUAUCCAACGUUAAGUUUGUUGACCUACGAUUAUGAUAUUGCCAAUGUAAUCCAGACUGAACUUAGUACCUGCAGAGGACAAUGGAGUCAAUUGGUAUAUCAAGGUGUAGCAUCUGAGUGGCAGUAUUGGUGGACUCCAGCUUCAUACUUUACUCUUCCAAUCCAAAUGGAUUAUAUUAACAAACAAGCGGCUAAUUAUGAUUGGAGUAUUAAAGAUUGUAAAGCCGGUACAACUUGUAAACCUUGGCAAUUUAUGGUGUGGUCCCAAACUACUAAAUUCGGUUGUGGAAAAGCUGUAUGUGGUGACUAUACUUAUAUGUCUUGUGCCUAUCAAUCACCAGGUGGAUAUCAAGGUGUUGCUCCAUACACACCAGGUACCCCCCCACCUCCCCCAACUCCACCACCUCCACCUCCCACUCCAAAUCCAAACAGUAUUGAUUGGAGAAAUGGAUAUGUAACUAAAGUUAAGAAUCAAGGUCAAUGUGGUUCAUGUUGGACUUUCGGUUCCAUUGGUGCACUUGAAUCAAGAUUUUUAAUUAAGAAUGGUAACUCUCAACUAAGUACAUUGGAUCUAGCUGAACAAAAUGCUGUAAAUUGUUUACCAUAUGGAUGUAAUGGUGGUUGGUCAUCUAAAGUAUUUACUGACUUCCAAGCUCCUGGAAUUGCUUAUGAAGCUGAAUUACCAUAUAAAGCUGCUGUUGAAUCUUGUAGUUUUACCUCACCACCAGGCACACCAAGAUUCUUUUAUUCAGGCUAUGGAAGAACUCCAGCAGGUGAUAAACAAGCUUUACUUGCUGAACUUAGAAGAGGACCAAUUGCUGUAUCUCUCUGGGUAGAUGAUGCCUUCCAGCGUUACUCUAGUGUUUUCUAA